AUGAAACAGCUAAUCCGGCGUCUAUCGCGAGUUGCGGACUCAUCACAAUACAGCCUCCUCCGGUCUGAGUCGCAGAGCCGCCGGUCCAAGAAGGAGAAGACAAAGUCUAGGGUUCCCGAGGGACACGUGCCUGUGUACGUUGGACAAGAGAUGGAGCGGUUCGUGGUGAGCGCGGAGCUGCUUAACCAUCCGGUUUUCGUAGCGUUGCUGAAACGGUCGGCUCAGGAGUACGGAUACGAGCAGCAAGGAGUGCUUCGAAUCCCAUGCCACGUCCUUGUGUUUGAGCGCAUCUUGGAGUCUCUCCGUCUUGGAAUGGCACAGUUGCGUGACCUGCACGAUCUCUUAUGA